AUGGGCAAGAAGCAACAAUCUGGGAAAGGAGGUGUCACUGGACGUCAAAAUGUGCUUGCUGCGAAAGCAGAAAUAUCUUUAGCUGAUACCUUGCGUAAAGGUCGCCACGAAUGUCUCUGUCAAGCACGUACUCAUAAAUUGGUUCUGAAUUGCCUUGGAUGUGGCCGAAUCGUUUGUGAACAAGAAGGAAGUGGACCAUGUUUCUCUUGUGGAACACUCGUCUGUACUCGCGAAGAAAGAGAAAUUUUGAAUCGCGGAAGUAACAAAAGUCGAGAGUUACUUGCCAAACUAACUGCAGAUGGAGGCAAUGUGGGAUCACUCGGACAGAUAUCAUCGUCUUACCAAAAUGCAACCGAGUUCCGGAACAAGUUGUUAGAAGCUGACGCGGAUACUGAACGCCGUACAAAAGUGAAUGAUCUUCAAAGUGACUACAGUACUAUUGAGAACAGUCCAUUCUUGAGUGCCGCUGAUCGAGAAGCUCUCAAAUUGAGACGUGAAGAAUUGAGAGCUCUCCGGGAAAAAGAGAGAAAAAAGUUUGUGGUCAGUUUGGAUUUCGAUGGUGGAGUUGUUCAAGAAAUGUCAAGAAGAAAUGGUGUGGAGGAACUUCAGGAUAAGAAUGAUCCAAUUAUUCAGAGAAUUAUGGAGAGAGUAGACGAAAAGCAUCGUAUUCAAGAAGCUCUUCAUAACAAUGCAGCUGAUGCCAGAUGGAAUCCGAUUGGAUUUGUACCAAGAUACUUGGCGGAUGAAAGUCAACAAAGCCAACAACAAGAAUGUAGUGAUGGAGAUAUAAUUGAUGCAGACAGUUUGAUGAUUGUUAGCGAUGAAUUGGCUGCUCAAAUAACCGAAGAAAAGGGAUAUGUCCUCUCACUUACACAACCAACUGCCACGUUUAUUGUUCAUGGUCUUUGUCGAUUCCUUCGAUGGCCCACUGAUUUGAACUUGAAAGGACCACUUUUCAUUACUGCCAAACCGGGAAGUACGAAUGAGAAAGGGAUUCGCGAGUUUGCGAAAAAGUUUGUCAGAGAUGUCAAUAAAAUCAGUGAACUGGAUUUUGCGGACGGAGCUGUUCUUGGAAGAGCAUUCCUUCAGGAAUGUAUGAUGCUUGACGACUUCUUCGAUAAAUAUGGCAGUAAAUCUGAAAUACCUGGAAGUGGACAAUUUGUGUUGUGUUUCACUGCAUUCGAACCGUUGGUUUCUUCCAUUCCACACAUUUCUACGGCUGAAUCGGACAUUUAUGAAAUGGAUCGACAGUUGAAAAGAUCCUUGACUAAAUGGUAA